UUGUUUUGCUAUAAUUACUCCACUCAAAUGGCGCUGUUUGAUUGCAGUUGAUAGAGUGAUGAAGUAAAGUUGAUUAUUUGAUUGUCUUUCGACACAGCUUUGUUGGAUGUUUUAUCAGGCUCACGGAUGGUAUUGUUUUAACAGUGAAUCAUCCACACGAAGGGCUUAUUUAUAACAUGCCCCAUACGCUUUGUUAGUGUGAUUUGAAAUGGCCUGAGUAUGGCGGCCAUUAGCAGUGGAAAUCAACCUGAAAGCCACAAACCCUUACUCAAGCGUUUUUUUUGUACAAAUUGAUAGAAGUUUUAUACUUUUCUUUUUUCUCUUUUUUUAUGGAAGUCUUAUAAGUACUCAGUUAAGGGGUGAUUGUGGUUCAAGAUGCUACCAGACGAUUUUCAACGCAACCGGUCAUUUACUGUGGGUUGACCCACCAAUGAUUCCCGAUUGGGAGUGUUCCCAGUGUGUUUCGCUCACCGAUCACCAAGACCACUAGGUACCAAUUAUGUGUCUGGAGCAGACAUAAAAUCCACUCAACGGGAACUAUCGUUCCGGAAACGGUACGCUGCACAUCGAUCAGUGCCAAUUCUUUCGUACCCGGCGUUCUGCUGGUGAAUUAAUAUUUGUUUGUCGUAUAAAAAGCGAUCGUUACUUACGCGACGGUGGCAUUCACUGACCGACCUACAGGUGGAGCUAUUGCUUUCACCCAUUUUCAAGAUGCCGCCAUCAAUCAAAGGGUUGUGUGUGCUGUUGUUUCUCACAGUCAGUGUGGUAAGCGUGUCUAGUUCGUUGAUACACGAGCUUACCGUGGAGGCGGGUGAGCUGGUAAGAAGCUGUCUGCGUCGACCUACCGUGUCUCGAUGGGAUUGUGUGAAAAACGAAAGCCUUACCGCCGUACAUCAGCUUUCGGAUGCGCCCAGAAUAGUGCUACUCGACGGUGUUCAUCUUAUACAGGUGGAAGGCAGCAAGAGCGAGAUGGAAAAUGGCGUCCAUAACCAAUAUGGCGGCACCGUGAUGAGCACGUGGAGUAACUCCGUACUGAAUGCGCUAAGACGGCUGCUAGAUACACACGUGCUGGAAGUUGAUUUAUCGCACCGAAAUGAUCCAGAAGAUGGUGCCGAUGUUAAGAAUCCCCGGACAGUGUUAGCGAUACGCUUCGGAGAGCAACAAAAACCUUCACUUCCGGUGACAAUUGCAGGCGAGAGUGAAGGACGUCAUCGGCGCCGCCAACAGAUGAUACCGAUGAUGAUAUUCGGUGUAACGGUGUUCGGUAUGUUUAUCAUCCCGAUCGCGUUCCAGUUCCUGACCGCGCUCAGCGGCAAAGCGUUCCUGAUGGCGAAGUUAGCCCUACUGCUUGCCUCCAUUAACGGCCUUAAACGGGUCGCUUCUGCUGGUGUGCACUAUGGCCUGUACCAUGCCGUCGAUCAUUAUCCCGUACCGGCGCAUCAUCCACCGCCACCAUUUCACCAGCAUCCACAUGCCGGCCCGCUGCUGUACGAUCGUGCCGAAGGAUUGUACGCGGAAGGACCACGCCGUAGUGGCAGUACAUUGGCGCCAUUUCUCAGCCGUCUAGCAAGCAGUUUGUCCUUCUAGCGCCUGGACCACAACCAAUAAGACGUGUUCCAGUGAGCUUUUAUAGUUUUAUUUAUUGUGUUCCGCUUCCGCUUUUUUUUAUAGCACAUGCUUGUCAUUAGUGUCAUUAGUUUUGAGGAGGUCGUUGAAGAGUGUGUGUGGAGUUGCCCAAAUGUCGCAAAUAUAGUUCCGUUAGCAAUGGAUUGGAAUAGUGUUUAUUUUUUGCCGACCCUUUAUUUAUCAUUUUCCCUCCGCAUGAGAGGGCAAUAAAAACCGAAAAUAUCCCAUUCUUUUCACCAGCUGCGUCAAUCCUAAAUCGAACAUCAUCGAUCGGGACACGUGGUUGAGAAAAGGGGGUCGGUUGGGAACAACGUGAAAAGGGUAGUUCGAUUGUGGGAAAUCACACUUUUCCAUCGAGUUUGUGUGUUUAUAUCGUUCAUUUUUUUUUGUUCGUUCGUAAAAGUUUUUUCCCUUUGACGUGGGCGAUGUCAACUCCAAUGGACGACAGCAGUAUAUAGCGUUAUGGGAAGUGACGGUAGAGGAGGUGCUGCCCGGGGGUGUGCGGGUGAACAGUUGAGUAGUUGCAAUUCGAUAACGGAACAAAUUGGCCCACUGUCUUGCACAUCUCGUAUCACCCUUCCUCGCAAACCUACCACAAUUCUUCCCUCUGUUCCUUACGUCAACAUCUUUUGUCCUUUAUCAGACUGAAGUAGCUGAUCCUUUCGGAGCGCUUGUAUCCAUUUUCAUUCCGUUUCCAUUUUUUUUAUAUUUUAUCCUUUUUGAAUGUAAAACAAUAUAGUAGCAAAGUAAUUCUGUUGUACAAAUUAGGGCGUUGUGUAAAAAAAAUUAAUUAAAUUAAAAAUUAACAACAACGCCUAAAUGUAUACAACUCGCAUAACAAAAUUUCCCUUUCUGUGCAAUUGAUAAUUUGUUAAAAGUUGUCAAAACAACAUGGCAAGGAAAUAUUUCCUUUAAUUAUUCCCCUUCUUUUCAACUGUUUUUUUUUAUCCUUUAUCGUAAAGGGGUUCAACAACUAACUGAUCCAUUGGUAAUGCUCGAACCUAAUUCAUUUCCAAGCUUUACAAACAUACAACACCCUAUCCUUCUCCCCCCCCUUCACUGUGUUACACAUACCUCUUCUAUAUCUUCCGCCAUCUUGGCAAAAGCGUUUAAUUGCAAAUUCCUUCUCAAACAUUUAUCAUUAGAUCGGGCAAAGUGUUGUAAUAUUAUCGCUCCUUCUACUGUGCUGUGCUUUGUUGAUUAUUGUGCACGAAGGUUGAAAUCUCUGCAAUCGUUUUCUUCAACCUUGCCUCCCACUUACGUCCCUCCCUUACUCUUAUGAAGGAAAAAAAAUCAUCGUGAAGUGUGAUGCGACCAUUUUGAGUGAAAGUUUUGCAAACUUUUGUCGUUUUGCUCUUUAUCUCCCUGCUUCACGUAUAUACACAAUAUCUUGGCAAAGGACACCGCAGGAAAUAGUGCAAACUUAUCCAAUGGAGCCUUUUCCGUUAUUCGCUAUGGAAAACCCCUUGAAUGGUAUGGCAAGCGAGGAUGCGUUUGGGUCCGUUCAUCGUUUUUUGUUGUUGUUGUAUUCAAUUCCAAUUCGCUUCCGGUACCGUAUGGUAUGGGAUCACGUUUCUUCCCCGUUGUUGGUUGCAAGGUACGCAACGAACGAGGCCCGCUUGCGAAGAUGCGAAUGAGGAAGUAUAAUAGGGUGGAUGUAAAAAAAAAAAUACAAAUAUCUAGACGAAAGCGAAUAUUCGGUGCUGUAUUCGGGCUCGGGUUGAUCAGAAACGGGGUUUGUAGUGUUGCUUUUGUCGCUUCUGAAGAGUUGCUUAACACUUAGGUAUGUUGGUCCAUCCACUUGCCAUAACAUUCCCAUAUGGAUUUGGUUAUUGCAGGGUUUGUAACGUCGUAUUACAACAUGAGCGUAUUUAU